UUACUGAACAUUUUGAUUAGUGCCUAUAGGUUUAUAAUGAAGCUUGGAAUAUAUGUUUUGACAUGAUUGUGAAAUGGACAUAGUAGUUUUAUUAAACUUUUCAUUAAUAUCAACACACUGAGUACAAGGCCAGAAACAUUAGGAAAGCUAUAUAUCAAAAGUUGAACAAAGCAAAGGAAAUUGGUAAAUGAUGUGAACAUAUACGGAAAACAAAACACCACUUCGGUAUAAAAUCAAAAUCCAACAAACAGUGCAUCAACCCAAUAAAUAAUUAUGACUUCACCCCCAGACCCAGUGUUUGUCCUUAGAGGAGCUAAUGCUCCAGUCACAGCUGUUACUUUCUUUGAAUAUGAUGGAACUGGGAAAAUACAAAGGGUAGCUGCUGGAACACAGGAAGGACAAGUCUUCAUAUGGGAUCUUAAGACAAGCAGUAUAGUCUGCAAAUGGUCAGGUCAUCCAGGAUCAUCAAUUGUAUGGAUACAUAGUCUUGUUCCAGGAAAACUGUGGACACAAGGGAGACAUGAUAGCAUCAAGUUGUGGGACAUCACUGCAUUACCACCUGAGGCUGAAUCUCAAUAUCCUAUAGUUGAUUACCUUGGUUUCAGUCAGUGCAGCUUGACUUGUUUACCUAAUGGGAAUAGCCUGCUAGCAGUACCUGGUCCAGACCAAGUAGGUGUCACUGUUUGGGAUACCAAGACCAAGUAUAAAAUAUGCUCUCUGGUUCCCCAGGAUGCCAAGAGUCGAGGAAGUCUUAUGCAGGUAGUCUGGUUGAACACUGCAGAGCACAUUCAACCUCUUAUUGCCUAUGAGAGUGGCCACAUCAGUUUGUGGGACUGGAGCAAUACUUCUCUAAUCAGUGAGACUAGGGUGAAUGACAAUCCUAUAUGCCUUUCAUUUCAUAAUGACUCUAAAACUGGGAUAGUUGGCACUGCUUCAGAAAAAGUAUUUGUCUUUAGGAUUGAUAAUAUGUCGGUAACAAUUAACAAAGAGAUUCAGAUCACUAAUCCUGGAGUAUCAUCGUGCAUCACACGUCCAGAUGGAAAAAUCUUUGCCCUAGGAGGGUGGGAUUCUCGCAUCAGAUUAUUUUCCAGUAAGAAAUGCAAACCUCUAGCUGUUCUACAGUACCACAAGAAGACUGUAGAAUGCCUUGCGUAUUCCAAAUGUGAUGUAGACCAUUAUGGAUUUGGUUAUAUACUUGCAGCAGGUUCUUCUGACCAUAGUAUUUCCCUGUGGAACAUCUUCAAUACAUAGUGUAACAUGAUAAUUAAUAUGCAAUACUUUUUUUGAGUUAUUGAUAGACAUUGAAUUAAUUAUUAGAUAAAACCUUUUAAGAAUGCAUUGUCAAAACUGUUAUAGAUAGUUCAGGAGCUUAAUAUUUUGUUAUUUUUUGUCAUACAUCAUUUACUGUGGAUUAUGCAUAAGUCUUUGGACAAUAUUGUAUUUGUUUAUUACAUAUAAAUUAAUUACAAUGCAGACAAAAUACUAUUUUCUUUACAAUCUAUAGUAUGAAAACUCAUGAACAAGGGGUGAAAUAAACUUGUAAAUUAGA